AUGACCAGCAACCCUGAGGGCGGCGCUGCAGGCGAUGGAGCGGCGGUCGCUCGUUCUCUGCGUCUCGUGCUUGACCGCGUCAGGCGCAACAGCAGCAGCGUGGGUGGCGCUGCGGCCGACAAGCGCGCACUGUCUAGCGUGCGGCGCGCCGUCGCCGCCGUGCCCGAGGCGCUGCUGCCGGUGAGUGAGCUGGACGAGCUGCGGCGGGGGCUGGAGGUGGUGCUGGUGGCCGGCCGCGUGCCCGACCACCGUUUCGAGUUCGUGCUGGAGAUGCUGUCCGAGCUGGUUGGCACGCCGUGCUCAGCUCGUCACAAGCAGCUGCUGUCACUUGGGUGUAUCAGCGCAUGCGUCGCCCACUGCGUCAACAUGCGGCCCUUCAAGCCGCGAGUUGUGGAGCUGGUUGUGACGGUGAUCUCCGGGGCUUGCGGCGACGCGGACCUCUCGGCGGCGCUCGUCUCUCCCCCCGGCGACCUCGUCGGGGCGCUGCUGGCUGUGGUGGCCGAGGAGGUGGACGAGGUGGCCUCCACAAUCGCCGACUUGGCCUCCACAAUCGCCUUGAUCACGUUGAACCAGCUGAUGGCGGCGCUCGCGCUCGACCCUGGCGCCCACGGCGCAACAGGGCAGCAUGUGGCCGCCCGGGGCUGCAGGGCGGCGCGCUACUGCUCCGACGCCUGCUACAAGGCCGCGUGGAAGGGCGGCCACAGGCAGCAGUGUGAGGCGGCGCGCGAGGCGCAACAGCUGUCAGUAGACGGGCGAGAGGGGCCUGACCAGCGGGUGGCCGGGCAGUGA